AUGGAGGGAGAGCGCACUGGGACAGCGCAGGACGCGCAAAACACUCUCCCGCUGGACUUUACUGACAAGGUUCAUAUCGCACAUGUUUAUAAUGUCCAGUCAUGAUGCCAGGCCAGAACCCUUUGUUGCUGAAGUGGCAGGAGCAUUUCAACAGUUCCUGGGCCACUGAGGAUAGUACACAGACAGCCACUCGAAAUGGGGCAUCUGCACUUUACAAUAAACUGCUGCACAACAAGGAAGUGGUGACACUAGCCCCACCUGUUCAGGAGCUGAUUGGACCACGACUGCCAGAUUUUGAAUGUGAGUCUUGUGCCUCAGUGGAGAAGGAAGAGUAUUUGUCAUCUCUGCUUCAUAGCCAGCGAUGGCUGGCACACCGUAUGCUGACGCAAACCUCCUACAGCUCCGGGCUUCAGCACAGGCUGGUAGUUCUACAACGAAUCUUCUAUGCACUGCACAGUAAAUAUCACGACAAGUUUCGGACACAGCUGCCUGCCCAGGCUACAGAUACUGGGCCUCAAAAUGGACAGGUGGAGCUGGCCUCUGAGCCGUUCCUCCCCAGUGGGAUGUGUAAAGUAAAAUCGGGCACAGAUGUUUUGAUAGAGAUGGGAGUGCGCACAGGUUUGAGUCUGCUGUUCUCAUUGUUGCAGCAGAACUGGAGGUUUGCAGCCUCUGUGCACCUGGAGUCAGUGCUGUGCAACGAUGUGCUCGCUACAGCCUCGUCUGUGCUGGCCUCACUGCCCCCUCUGUCUUUGGCCAAUGAGAACAAGAUCCCCACUGUGGGACUGGACUGCCUUGCCCAGGUUGGUGACUUCCUGAAGAAGACGUCUGUCAGUAGCGGAGCAGGUGGUGCGGAUGUAACGGGGCGGAGGCUCUCGCUGGAGCUGCUGCUGGGCCUGGCCAUGCAGAGAGGCUCCCUCAGAUACCUGCUGGAGUGGGUGGAGGUGGCACUGGCUGCGUCACAGUCCUGUUUUGCCUGUGACUCUCAACAGUCUGUCAGUGUGGGAUUUGAUGUCAUCCAUCAAACUCUUCUUCAGAUGAGGCACUUUUCUGGUAUACGAGGUGACUGUGUCAAUACUCAAGUGCUGAAGAAGGAUCUAGAAGGAUAUUGUCAGCUUUCACAGGCCGCCCUCUGCCUCUUUGAGGAGGUUUGUAAUCUGGCGUCCUACUGCCUGUGCUCUUGUAAUAAUGAUGUAAUGCAGAGCACAGACAGUGAUAAUGUCAUGGUUUAUGUGUGGGGCAGUAACAGCAGCCAUCAGCUCGCAGAAGGGACUCUGGAGAAAAUCCUGCUGCCUAAACUCACACAGGGCUUCAGUGAUGCACAAAUGAUUGAAGCCGGUCAGUACUGCACCUUUUCAGUGUCAGAAGAUGGAUCAGUGAAAGCUUGUGGAAAAGGAAGUUAUGGACGAUUGGGACUGGGAGACUCCAACAACCAGUCCAUUCCCAAGAAACUGGUGUUGGAGCCUCACAGAAACAUGAAGAAAGUGUCCUCUUCUAAGGGCUCUGAUGGCCACACUUUAGCCAUUACUGUAGAAGGAGAGGUCUUCAGCUGGGGCGAUGGAGAGUACGGAAAACUAGGUCAUGGAAACAGUGCAACACAGAAAUAUCCAAAAAUUAUUCAAGGGCCGCUUGUCGGCAAGGUGGUGGCCUGUGUGUCUGCUGGAUACAGACACAGUGCUGCUGUGACUAGUGAUGGGGAGCUUUACACGUGGGGAGAAGGGGAUUUUGGUAGACUAGGUCACGGUGACAGUCAAAGCAGAAAUGUUCCCACUUUAGUGAAGGACAUCAGCAGUGUGGGUCAAGUCACCUGCGGCAGCUCUCACACCAUCGCAGUGGCACAAGAUGGACGCACCGUGUGGUCAUUUGGAGGAGGGGACAAUGGUAAACUAGGUCAUGGUGACACCAACCGUGUGUAUCGACCCAAGGUCAUAGAAGCUCUGCAAGGCUUUAUCAUCAGGAAAGUGUGCGCAGGCAGCCAGUCUUCUCUAGCCCUUACCUCUGCUGGACAGGUGUUUGCCUGGGGUUGCGGCUCUUGCUUAGGAUGCGGUUCUUCUGAAACAACCUCCCUUCGCCCCAGGUUCAUAGAAGACUUGAGUAUCACCAAAAUUAUUGAUAUCUCUUGUGGAGAUAGUCACUGCCUUGCACUUUCCCAUGAAAAUGAAGUCUACGCUUGGGGAAACAACACAAUGGGCCAGUGCGGACAGGGACAUACCUCCACACCUAUUACCAAACCGAAGAAGGUGCUUGGUUUGGAGGGCGUGUCAGUACAACAAAUAACAGCUGGGACUUCUCAUAGCUUGGCGUGGACAGCGGUACCAACAGACAGGCAGUUGGUGGCGUGGCACAGACCCUUUUGCGUUGAUCUAGAAGAGAGUACGUUUGUUUACCUGCGCAACUUCUUGGAAAAUUACUGUGAUGGCAUUGAGAAUCACACACCACCCGCUCCUUUUUUAUCUAAAGGAGAUCAUCAUCAAUUCCUUUUGUUGUGCAUGAAGCUGUUGUCUAUCCACUUGUCCUUGGCACAUGCGGGUGGCACUGGUGCAGUUGUUUUGGGAGCCCAGAGCAGGCCUCUCCGUAACCUUCUGUUCAGACUUAUAGAUACCAAUAUGCCAGAUGAAAUACAGCAGGCUGUCCUGAAUACACUUUCCAUCGGGGCGUCGUUGCUGUUACCUCCGCUUAGAGAAAGAACGGAGCUUUUGCUGUCUCUUCUUCCCCAGGGCCCACAUAGUUUGAACAGUCUCUCUAAAGGACAGCGUCUUCAGCUAGACAUGGUUCUCAGCAGCCUCCAGGACCAAAACCACAUCGCUUCUUUACUUGGGUACAGCAGUUUUGGGGAGGUGAAUUCCCUGGGUCUUCCUGUGGCGCCCGCAUCAUCAGCCCAGCCUUUUUCCGUGUCCAGCGCCGGUGAACCCUAUGACCCUUUACACAUGGCAGAAGUCUUACUCAGGACUCUGCUUCUCAGUAUUGGUUUUUACACGGAACGCGCGUUUGGUGAACUGGAGAAAAACAGCGAUAAACAGCUAUCCACGGAAAGUCACGAACAGACCGAUCCUCCGUCGCACUUUCACCAGCUGCUGUCCGGACUUCACAAACACCUGCUCGCUCAUUGCUGCGUUCUCUCGUCUCCUGAGGACGAUAGCAGUGUGACGUUACUGUGUGAGCAUCUAUAUCUUCUGCUGCCUUGCGCCGCCGAGACAUUAAGGAGGUCGACGAAACUUGUAAAUCAGAGCUUAAUGGACAAACAAAUUAUGGAAAAGCUUCAUAUGGUGCUGUACAACUCUGUGUCUGGCGGUCUGCUGUGCCAGGUUAUGUACUCCCUCCUGCUGCUUCCUUUAAGUACAGUACAGCCUCUCCUGAGCCAUCUGCUGGCAUUGCUAGAGAGUCUUAACAAUUUUACCAAAGUGCUGCCAGAAACAGCCCAGCAAGAGGAACAAGAGCUCAAAGUGGAUUGUCAAAACUCAAACCAAGGAAAAAGCACGUUACAGAAUGAAGAGGAGUGUAUGUGGGUUUGGCUGUUAGACUUGGAAAGAUCCGUUGCGUUGGCUGUUGGCCGGUGCCUUGGUGGGAUGCUGCUGGGCCCACCUCCCUCACAGCAGGAGACUGAAUCAGAGGCUUGGCUCUCAAAUAUCUUACUGCGCAAUGGACUUGAGGCCGACUUUGAACGUCUCGACUCCAGCAUGGUGUGGCUCACUGAAGAGGUGCUGCUUGGGUCCAGUGAAACCAGGUUAACCGAGUUCACUUUGAGCGAAGAAACAAAGAUUUUACUGGAGCUGGCCCUGGGGUCGAACAAAGGGGCAGCUCUGAGCCUCUGGCAGAAUUUGGAAGAGUACGCUCACAGCAGAGAGUGGGAAAGCGGAGGAUUCGCCGGAGACUCCCUACUUCAAACAGUUUGUAGAUGCAGUUUGGCUGUACUUCUCAAGCACACGGGGACACAGGAAAAAGCGUACUGGAAAAAUGGAUAUGACCCCUGUGAGCAGCUGAUGGAUGUUUACGAAACUGUGUAUAAAGUCAGAAGUGCAUUGUUGGCUUAUAAAAACGUCCCGAUGACCUCACAGGUGCUUUCUUCAAUCAAACUGGUAACCCAGUCUUCUCAGAGCGUUGAGGCCGAGGCAGAAAUAACAGGCAUAUCGUCAGAAGAUGCGGCGAAGAAUCUGGAGCAGCAGUCGGCUCAGUGCGUUGACGUGCAGGUUCCAGCAAACCACAAUGAGGAGGAGGUGGCGGGGGACGACCCGUGUGGGAACCGCAUGUAUCUGUCAGAAGUGUUGGAGUCCUUCAUGGCCACUCGUGAAGCUAUGCAUGUCCAACAGAAUGUGACGGUGUAUGAGUCCUUUGGCACGUCUAACCUCCCCGGCAGCGUGGAGAGCCCUGGCAGCCCAGUGCUUGAUUCUGAUCUCAAGCAGCAGUCGGACAAACAACAAGCAUCAGAGCAGAGCUUGUCUUAUCCUGCUGCGUGCCAUCUGGUGGUGUCCCGCUGCCUCUUUCUUUUGCUGGGUGUAAGGGCGGCAUGGGUGGAACCAACUGAAAGGGAAAAUAGUCCUACUACAAGCACCGCAGCGAGAAACACCGUGGCUGACUCCUUGCUGUUCACUGAUGGUCAAAAAUAUACUGGUCAAAUAAAAAACACACCUCUGUGUUUCAAAAAUGCAAUUGGUCUUCCUCUGUGUUCUCUGGGGGUGAUGAAAGAAGCCUGGGAUCGCUUGAGGCAGUGCAUUGGUCCAGCCACAUCACUGUCUCAAGAUGGUAGCAAUACAUCUUAUAUUGUUAGUCAAGUUUUUGAAUUUGUUUGUGGAAGUCUGGUCCACGUGCCUGAAUCGUCCUCCACAUGGUACAGUGAACAGUCGUAUGCUCAGGCCGACCCAAAGGCCAUAACAUGUGCAAUACUGCAGCAGCAGCAAAGGGCUGAGAUGCGACUUGAAGCACUUUGUCAGAUGUCAUCUUUCUUGUCUAAAAUGGAGGAAAAAGGCAACAGUUUCCCAUCGUCCACUGCGUUACUACAGUCUGUUCAGUUACAGUUCCUCUGUGGCUGCUUUGGUUUGGCCACACAGAUUAUCACCUUUCACACUGGGGCAAAUUAUGAAACACAACACUACAUGACUGGCACACAUUCAGCUUCCAUACACACACAGAGAGAGCUACAGGCUGCAGCCCACACCUUUUACCAACAGGUGGCGUGCUCGCUCAGGCAAAGAGUCUUAGUGGAAAAAGAAAAUCCAGGUUCUUCUCAGCACCUGCUCCUGGCUUCAAUGUUUGCACUGAAUUUCUGUUACCAGCCAGUUGACUUGGUGCUUGUCAUCAAGUGUGGCAUCCUUGAAGUUUUGUCUUUGCUGACCAACAACAGCUGUUAUCUGGUGAACCAGGGCUGGUUUGCUGCAUCAGCAUCAGCCCACGCUCUGCUCAAUGGGGCCGUUAAAUUGGCCUGUGCACGUUUGCUGCAGAUUUUAACAGUAGCUUCAAGCUCCUGUGAGGAAUCUUUACCAGUAGAGAUUUCAAUUGAGCUCAUGGAAGUAAUGUGUGAACAGCUGCAAAAUAUCCUGUUAACUCUGCAACAACUACAAGCAACAGACAAAGGAACCGCUGACAGACAAGAUCUCAGCUCCAGUGUCUUUGAUACAGAAAAAACUGGAACGGAAAACAGUAAAGUGGUCGAAUCCCAACUUGCUGAUUUCCUGGUAUUUCUGAGGCGCGUCCUUUCAUCAAGAGUUAUGAAACGACUCUCUACGUUUCAAAAAUGGGUUGAGCCACUUAUAGCCAUUAUAUCACACAAGAGUUCUUUAGGUUCUUCAUGUUUUCAUAGUCUCCGGACGCAACUUUUGGCCUUCCACAUUCUAGAAAAAUUACUACCUGCUUGUUCUGAACCAGAUCAAAUCCAAAAGAUUGUUAAACAACUCUUUCAGCUCCUGUCUGUUUACAUGUGGGAAGAGCCUUUGACUGAAAGGAAACACGGGGAGACAGUCGAUAUAAAUACCACGAAUCCUGGUGGUCUUGAGGAAUGUAUUGGAAUCGGGGAGUUUUCAUUUGAUCCACACAAACUUAUAUGUUGCACUUUAGAGAGUGGAAACAUUCUCUCCCAUGGCUCAGGUGGGAAAGGCUACGGUUUGGCCACAACUGCUAUCACUUCGGGUUGUUUUAUAUGGAAGUUUCACAUCACCAAAGAAAACAGAGGCAAUGAGGGCACAUGUAUCGGUGUUUCACGCUGGCCAGUCAGAGAUUAUAAUCAUCAUACCACCACCGACAUGUGGCUGUACAGGGCUUAUAGUGGGAACUUGUACCAUGGAGGGGAACUGGUCCGGAGUCUUCCCUCUUUCACCCAGGGGGACACCAUAACCUGUAUCUUAGACAUGGAAGCACACACUAUAUCAUUUGCUAAAAACGACAAGGACCCAAAGCUGGCAUUUGAAGGUGUGUCGGCCUCUGAGCUGUAUCCCUGUGUUUUAUUCUACAGCAGCAACCCUGGAGAGAAGGUGUCCCUGCAUGAUCUUCAGAUGCGAGGAGUGGCAAGUAAUUUACUUCCUGGAGAGCCACUCUGCAGUCCCCAGACUACUGUUCUUCUUGAGUCCACUUUACAGCUUCUCCAUAAGCUCCAUCAGUGUGAUCACUGGUCCUCAAACAUUAACCAGCACAUCCACACGCAGCUGGAACUCAUCAGUCCACUCGUGAAAGAUAAAGAUUUUGGACAAGUUUACUAAUGCUUUGCAGGUCAGAGACUCGAAAACAGAAAAGACGAUGAAAAAGAAGUGCCGUGUGAUGACACAAGUGAACGUCUUCCACAUGGAGGUUUUCUGUCUGAAGCCAAACUCACAGCUCUUUGCACUGAGGUGUGGCCUGUGCUGGCAAUGAUUGGAGGAGUCGACAGUGGGCUCCGAGCAGGAGGUGUGUGCAGACACAGGCCCAGUGGGCGCAGAGCCAUUGUGCUAGGCAUCCUCAAAGAGGGAAGCUCACUCUGCAAACUACAGUGGGAAGAAGGAGAUCUUUCUGUCAGCUACAUGAAUUCUUGGUCACCUAGCGACACACCCAUGGUCUCGCUGGAGCCGUGCCAAACGACCUGCUGUGAUGUCACCCGACUCGGAGGCCUUAAGCCGAUGGUCCUGUUAGAUCUUGUGUACCUCAUGGGUGUGCUGGAGGAGCAUGGAUGGAUAGGAACUGUACCAAUCUCUCCCAAAAAGUUUUCAGAAUGUGAAACGCAGUGUUGUUUAGAUGAAGAAAAGGAGGAAGACGAUGUUUGGCAGACAGAGGAGCAAAAAGUGGAGCAGCAGUUUCAGUGCGACCCUUUUCCUUCCCCAACCAAUGAUGUUGUCAGUAAGAAUGAGGAAUAUCAGGAUUUGAUUUCCCAUUCCCAAUCACCAAGAGGAGAUGCCUUUUCCCAAGAGAUGAGAGCGGUCAAAGUGUCAUACCUCCUGACUGCAGCACUCAAGAGCCUCAAUGUCAUGUUCAGCUGUGAAAAACUGUCCGACUUGCUGCUUGUAGCUAAAAAAGAAGCGUCAGUCCCCAACCUUGACCAGCCCAAGACUCCUAACAAACAAUGGGAUGAAAGUGCUGAACUACGCUCAGUGAUGCAGUAUGUGGUUCAGAGUAUGGUAAAAUGGGCAGUUCGACCGUGUCCCAUCAAACAGAGGGUGUCCCUGUCAGAUCUGGAGAGGGCUCAAGUUAUGAUCUACAAAGGAGCGCUCAACGGUCUGUGUGGUGACGCCAAAGAUUCUGGCCACACUAUGUCCUCGCUCCCCAUUUCCAAGUCGUCCAGUUCAGUCUCUUUGUACAGUGCGGGGUCAGAGGGAACUGCCAUAUUUGGUCAGUCUAACAGAGCCUCCGUUUCAUCGUCUAACACUGAUUUGGCCACGUCUCUUCCUAUGUCCUUGCACUCAGACGGUCUGGACAAUUUCAACCCUUUCCUCCCGAUCAGCCUUCUCCAACACAUGGUGCUUACACGGUUCCCCACUCUCACUGGCCUGGUUAGCUCCUCCCCCAUGCUUCACCCCUGCUUCAGCCUGGCCAGCUCUGCUUCGUGUGAUGCUUUCACAGAGCAACAGACUAGCUUCAUGGAGCCUGGCCCGUCUAGUACUCAGGCCAGAAGCAGUCUGGAACGGACACAAACAUUUGUCACCAGCCGUUUACUAGAAAUGGGAUUCUCUUUAAGACAUAUCUACUGGGCUAUGGAGGCAGCAGAUUUAUCAGGGGACUUUGACUCUCAGACCAUUGAGGUGUUGGCCAGCUGGAUGCUUGAACACCCCCUGACCGAGGAACAGCAAGCUGCCCAUUCUCAUCCAGAGAGGGCCCCAGACACACCAUCUCCUGAUGGACCAGAGACUGUGCAAUGUCCCGAACGGCCCACCAGUCAGACCAAUGAAAGUAUUUUGCCUGGGCUUGACUGGAUAGAAAGAGAGAAUGUUUUAGAUGUCCACUUGACCAGAAAUCGCCCCCCUCCAGCACGGAGGCGCCGCUCAGGACCAACCCAGAGAACCUCAUUUCGAAGAGCAGAUAUGCCAUUAACCAGUCCCCUGCCACAGCUGUACCAACCUCAGACAGGAUCCACUGAAUGGGCAGAGCAGGUGGAGUUCCACCCCUACGCCACUGAAGAGGAGUCCGAGUUGGACUUUAUGGAAGAUCCUUAUGAUGAAGAAUCUUAUGAGGAUCUGCUUACCUCUUCAUUUUUCAAUUUAGAGAGAGAUGCACUCCAGAUAGUUGAGGCUGGUGAAGAACACAGUGAAAUGGUCAAAUGUGAGCUGUGUAAUACACUGACCCUUCAAUUUAACAACCACAUAAAACGGCGACACCCAGGAUGUGGACAGAGUGCUGCUCGUAAAGGCUACGACAGCACAGGGGCCUAUGUCGAUGUCUGGUUCAAAGGAGAGUGUGGGUCCAAUUUUCCCUUCUACUUGCUUUGCAGCUCAUGCAGAGAAAAAUAUUUGGCUGCAAAUAUUAAUGAAACUAAUUCCAAACAUGAAAGGAUCAAAGGUGUCACCUCUGAUCUCACUGGUCAAUUUGACGGCACAUCAGACGACGAUUGGGAUCUCAGUCACUCAGACUGUGUGUCAGAUAAACUGACUGGACUGGAGGACUUUGGGCUCCUGCUGAGACCCCUGGGCUUGAAUGAAAAGAAGCUGGUGCCAGACCCCAUUGACUUCUCUGAGCCAGACCCACUUGGAGCCCUCGUCUACAACUCUGCUGGUUCUGCAAAAGCUGUGGGGGCAAAAAGUUCUGCUCAAGAGCAGAAAAACUGUCUGAGUCUUGGACAGCAGGCGAUGUCCCUGAGGGAUUCUCAGGACAGGCUGAAGGCACUGAGACGAGUCACCUCCACUGUCCAGAUCCUGCUCGCGUACAGCAUGGUGAUGAGAGCUCUGUCUCAGGCUGCCUCAAGUGUCACAGUGGGAAGCCAGUCGAAUGGUCUAGAGUCUUUGGGCCUGGCGGACAUUCGUGUGCUGGUGCGGUUGAUGGUACUUGCGGCUGGAGGAAGGGCUCACACCUGUGUUGACAAACAGACCAGUGUGAAAAUGAUGCAGACAGAGCGCAGCAGCCCCUCCUGCCUCAACUUCCUCACCACAGCCAUUGGCAGUGUUGUGUCUCACAGCCCCAUGGCCUACAGACAGCUCGUAGAGAUAUGCACUCGUGAAUUAAUGGCUGCAGCUACUGGAGUGAAUAUUGGAGUAAUUAGUGAUCCACAACAAAGACUUUGUAUAAAUACAACUGCAAUGGGCCAGUGUAGUCAACAGAAAGACUAUAAUGACCAAAGAUCUUCUACUUUCCUCGUCACACAAAGUCUGGUGUCUUUGCUCACAGAAAAGGGCAUUCAGUGCUACAGCCAGGAGCGGUUUGAAUGUGAGCCUAAUGAUGUAAGACAGGAGGGUUCUUCCUCAUCUCUGCCUUCAUCUCCUCUACCUCACCUGGUCAGAGUGGGUCCUCUGGAGUUAUCAAAUGCACUGGCUGCAUGUGUCUUGUCUGCUCACCUCACCAACUCACACCGACACUGGGCAGCGCAGCAGCUGGUGCAGGCGUUGGCUGCGACGGGCAGAGAGAGCCUCCCCCGACCCCAGACAUACAGUGACCUCUCUGGAGAUUUGAGGAAAUGUCCUCUGAGACGUCUUGAAGGGCAUUAUAAUAAGGUGGUGAGUUGUUCUUGGAACAAUGAUCAGAGUUUCCUGGCCACCUGCUCUCAGGACAAAGUUGUGCAAUUGUGGAAUAUCAGAGCAAACGUUGUGGAGUUACAAAACACCUUCUCAUGUGUUGCAAGCAGGACUGACUGGUCAAGCACAGAGAGAUCUGGCAGAGGCCAGCACAUGGCUCCUAUAUAUUGGAGCGCUGGGGGAGAUUUUUUGGCAACUCCAGAGAACAAACUCAUAAGUAUUAUGUACAUGAGGGGCUCUCACUGUCACGUGGAAGCCCAGUUGUCUCGGGUCACAGCCCUUUGUUGGGCACAAUCACUCAGCCUGUGGGGUCUUGACCAGCCGGGCUGUGACAGCAGGCCUGGUGCUAAUCUUCUGGUUGGACGGCUUGAUGGUUCACUCUGCUGGAUGCAGGUUACAAUGCAGGAAAUAGACUUGAAUGUGAGAAGCACUGAACUUACCCACUGCUACCGGAAGGAAGCUCCCCAGUGUUUAGCCUGGUAUAGUGGGGACAGACCGUUUGCAGUGGGAUAUCCUGAUGGAAAGAUCCUUUUGAGCUCCACUGACACUGAUAAAGAUGAGCAGCCUGAAGUAUUAACUGUUUACUCGGAGGGUGUAAUGUCUCUUAAAUGGGACCCCACUGGACAGUUGCUCCUGUGUGUCAGCCGCUCAGAGCUGGUCAGGAUAGUGGGACGGUCUGGGUCAACAUGGGUCACUCUUCACUCUCUGAUGCACACAGGGGUUGUUAAUACCACAGAGUGGUGCCCUCUCCUGGGCAGAGGACCUGAUCCCAGGCUCAUGAUGGCAGUGGGUUGUCAGAAUGGCUCUGUGUUUGUCUGGACUCUACCUCAGCCAAGUCCAUCAAACAACUUUUCCAGCAAUGACAACAGUACUGUCAAGGACCAGGCAGUUUGUGUGUUUGUUCUUCAUGGUCACAUUACAGCUGUCAAAUCACUUUCCUUUUGUCCCAGUGGACUGGCACUGGUUUCAGGAGGAAUUGGAGGCCUGUUAAACAUUUGGUCUUUACAGGAUGGUUCAGUCUUACAGACAGUCACAGGUUUGGGAUCAGUUGUCAAUACCAUCUGGAUCCCAAAUGUCGGGGUAACUGCCUGUUUUGGAAGGUCAAAGGAUGUUCUACUGAUUUGCUGCACACCUGAGUGGAUUCAACAGAACCAUGUUCUGGCGUCGUGCCGUAUGGCUCUUAGAAGCCAGAAUAUUUUAGGCUUAAACAGGGCACCCUGCCUGGCUGUGCUUCUGGAGAGACUCCCUUUGUUGCUCCAGGAACAAUACAAUUAUGAGAAGAUCCAUGUGACAUCUGGUGACCAGCUCGUCCACAGUGCCUUUCUGCAAACGUUGGCUUCGGUGGCUGUUGGUUUGUCAUUAGAAAAGCACUUGUGCCAUUACCUUUUACCACCACAUUACAGAUCACCUGAUUUCCACUCGUGUCCAUCUGAGUGGAGCUGGCUGAGCUUGUACGCCACCACUGUCCGCACCGCUGAAUCUAUUUCCAGUGGCACAGGCUUCCCAGACUCAUUUAUGUUUGAGUUUGAGGACAUUAUUGACAAAGAAACUGCAGUUGCUCUGGAUAAUAGUAAAUGGAGCUUCAAGAUGGAUGAACAGUUGAUGUCUUGGGCCACAACUAGACCAGAGGAUUGGCAACAUGGUGGGAAGAGUGAAGUUUACCUCUGGGGAAAUGGGCGAUACGGUCAACUGGCAGGAAAAGGGUCAAAUCUGAUGGUUCCCACACUGGCCCACACCCUGUCUCAGACACAGCAGGUUGUAUGUGGUCAGAACUGUACCUUCUUGGUACUGUCCAAUGGGAAUGUCCUGGCUGUGGGCGAAGGACAAUAUGGCCGACUGGGACAGGGGAAUUCUGACGACCUCUAUGUGCCCACCAUUAUCUCUGCAUUUCAGGGUUACGUUGUGACUCAGUUGGUGACAUCUUGUGGUUCUGAUGGACACUCCAUGGCCCUGACUGAGACUGGAGAAGUCUUUAGUUGGGGAGAUGGAGAUUUUGGAAAACUGGGCCAUGGCAACAAUGAAAGACAGAGAAGACCUAAACAGAUCGAGGCUUUACAGGGGGAGGAGGUCAUUCAGCUCUCCUGUGGCUUUAGGCAUUCAGCUGUAGUAACAGCAGAUGGGAAACUGUUUACCUUUGGCAGUGGUGAAUCUGGCCGUCUUGGUCUAAGGUCAACAUCUAAUAAAAUGCUUCCAGAAAGAGUGGUUGCUCUUGAAGGGUAUCACGUGGGUCAGGUUUCUUGUGGCCUUAACCACACUCUGGUGGUGUCACUUGAUGGGAUGGUCGUGUGGGCGUUUGGAGACGGUGAUUAUGGAAAACUAGGGACAGGUUCUUCUUCUGCAAAAUACUACCCACAAAAAGUGGAGCAGCUAUGCAACAUUGGAAUUAAGAAGGUCAGCUGCGGGACCCAGUUUUCUGUAGCUCUAGCGUGUGAUGGACAUGUGUACACGUUUGGACAAGAGCGUAUGAUUGGCCUGCCAGACUCCAUGCUUAAGAAUAAGUCAAAUCCUCAGGUGAUUCCAGCUUUUGAAGGGCUCUUCAUUGAAGACAUUGCAGUUGGCUGUGAACAUGCUCUUGCUCUUUCUUCCAAUGGAGAUGUUUAUGCCUGGGGCUGCAACAAUGAGGGACAGCUUGGCCUCGGUCACUGUAACCCAGUGAAAGAACCCACCCUCUUAACCGUGCUCCAUGAUAAAAACAUCCAUCAGAUCUCUGCUGGCCGCUGCCACAGCGCAGCAUGGACAACACCUACUACCUCAGUGAAAAACUCAGAUGGUUCAGGGCAUUUUCAGCUGGGCCUUCCUCAGUCAAUUCCACCUCAAUACAACACUCUGAAAGACUGCGCACCAAACAUACUGAGCAUGCGCCUUAUGGUCCUCUACCACUUCUCUGACCUCAUGUACAAGUCGUGGAGACUUCUCAACCUGGACACUAAGAAUCUGGUGUCUACCUCGCGCUACAGUUUAGGGACAAAUGCCAUCAUCCGAGGUGAGCUUCGAGGACUCCUGUCACCCAAGGUUAACACUUUACCUUUGGUCCGCUCUAUUGGCCGAACAAUGACCCAGGGUAAAACAUAUGGUCCACAAAUCACAGUGAAAAGGAUUUCAACCAGGGGGAGAUCGAGCAAACCCAUCUUUGUACAGAUCGCCAAGCAGGUGGUGAAUCUGAACCCUCUGGAGCUGCGGCUGCCUUCAAGGGCCUGGAAGGUCAAGCUGGUUGGAGAGGGAGCGGAUGAUGCGGGAGGAGUGUUUGAUGACACCAUCACAGAAAUGUGCCAGGAGCUGCAGUCCAGUGUGGUGGAUCUUCUCAUUCACACUCCCAACAGCUUUGCAGAUGUUGGCAGCAACACUGACAGGUUUCUGUUGAACCCCGGAGCUCUGUCUGACGAUCACAUGAUUCAGUUCAGAUUUUUGGGCAUCUUAAUGGCUGUAGCUAUACGCACCAAGAAGCCACUGGACCUGCAUUUAGCUCCCUGGGUGUGGAAACAGCUCUGCUCAAUACCACUGGCAGAAAGUGACCUUGAGGAGGUGGAUGUGCUGACCUUUCGCAGUCUGCAGGGCAUUCUUCAUCUUGAGAAUAGUGGGAUCACAGAUGAAAACUUCCAUGUGAUGAUUCCUCUGGACUCGUUUAUGGCUCACAGCGCUGAUGGAAGACUUGUGCCUAUAGUUCCUGGUGGCCAGAACAUUUCAUUGAGCUUUGCCAACAGGACUGAGUAUGUGGAGCAGGCUUUGUACUACAGGCUGCACGAAAUGGAUUCUCAGGUGUCUGCGGUCAGAGAGGGCAUGUCCACCAUCAUCCCUGUGCCCCUCCUCUCCCUGCUGACAGCACAGCAGCUGGAGCAGCUGGUCUGUGGCCUUCCAGAGGUCUCUGUUGAGAUGCUGAAGAAGUUGGUGCGUUAUCGUGACAUCACUGAGAGCCAGCAGUUGAUUGGUUGGUUUUGGCAAAGCCUGGAGGAGUUUACCAAUGAAGAGCGGGUUCUUUUUCUGCGUUUUGUGUCUGGAAGGUCCAGGCUACCUUCCAACCCAGCAGAUAUAAGCCAGAAAUUCCAAAUCAUCAAGGUUGACAGGCCUGUUAAUGGCCUCCCCACAGCUCAGACGUGCUUCUUCCUGCUUCGCCUGCCCCCGUACACAAGCCAAGCCAUCCUGGCGGAACGGUUACGUUACUCAAUUCAUAACUGUCCUUCCAUAGACAUGGAUAACUACAUGCUGACUCACAACACGGACCCGGCGGACAGCUCUGACAAUGAGGACUGAUGCAAUUCACCCACAUAAUGGAGAAAUGAAUGUAUUUUCUCUGAUGCCAUGCAUUAGAUGACUUGACAAUAUUAUAGCAAUGGUGCAGUUAUAAACUGUUAUAAUGUUUGAAUCCAUGUGCUGCUGUUUUGACUUUUGUUUUAAUACAGUGUAAUUAUGGCCAUCCAUGUCCUUAAGUAAAACUACAUGGAGACUGAA